AUGGAGCUGGACUGGAUCUGCAGCAGGGCUGCUCUGGUCCUCUGGGUACGGAGAGCCUGGAGAGUCACAAGGUUAAACUGGCGUGCAGAGCGGCUGGUGGCCGCAGCAGGUCGCCUCUCCUCGGGCAGCAGCGGCUUUAAACCCCGCUGGGGUUGGACUCUCCUCCCGCAGCUCGGCUGCAGAUGGAGGCAGAAGAAACAGGAGCUGAAACUCCAGAAAUGCUGCAGACAUGGACGGAGUGAGAAUCAACACGUGGACCGCUGGGUUUCUGCUCAGCGGCUGGUUCUGGUCAACUUUGGUCAGCAGCAGGUGAAGGUGAAGCUGGGACAGAACGUCUCUCUGGAGUGUGUCGGACCGUCAGAUGAAGAAAUCAAACUCUUCACCUGGACCAAAGAUGGUCUCGGCUCGGAUCACGUGUUCUUCUACCGUAACGGUCGCUCUUACGGGUCGUACCAACACGAGUCCUUCAGAGGCCGAGUGGACCUGAGGAGCUCCCUGAAGGACGGCGACUUCUCUGUGGUUCUGCACAACGUCAGUAAGACGGACGAAGGGACGUAUCGCUGUGUGAUCAUCACCAGGAGAUCGGGAGGCCAUGAUGGAAAGCUUCACUCGUUUGUCAACCUGACGGUCUCAGGGGAGGAUCCAGCUGGGGAUCCAUCAGGAACCGAUGAGGAGCAAAACCAGGAUGAUGAAGACGAGGCUGGAAGAACCGGAGAUCUGGCCAAUGAAAACGAUUCACUUCCAUUGGUUAUCAUUGUUGUGUCUGUGAUUGGUCUUCUCAUUUUGAUUAUUAUUAUUAUUGGUUGUUUUCUCAGGAAAUCUGCAGGUUUGCUAAAGUACAGAUUGGGUCAUUCAGAGCAUCAGCCUAAAGGUCAGCAGCAGGUGAUUUGAUUCUCCUCAACCUGAAUGUAUAAAUGCUGCAUUCCUCACCUCAGGAUCACAAGCAGACCUGAGUGACUCAUUUAGCUUUAGCAAAGGCUUAACAAGGUGCCAUGCAGAACCUUUUGGUCAUGUAAAAACAGCAGCUGGACCUUUUCUCUGUCCCCUGCUGCCAGAUUCAGUCGACCAGGCUGGUCACUGUGCUGCAGCAGCUGGAGCUAGCCUGAGCUAACAGAGCUAGCCUGAGCUAACAGAGCUAGCCUGAGCUAACAGAGCUAGC